AAACGCGCGUUUCAUGUAAUGCGCGGGAAAUCUUUACGGCGAUAAAUUUAUAUCCGAUUUUUUUAAGCUCACGAUACAAAAUUAAUAUGCCAAUAUUGUGUUGCGUAUGUGCUGUGACGUUGUGAUAGUGUUUUUCUAAUUAUAUAGUAUAAUUGAAAGAGUAUAAACGAUGGAAAAUGGCUACUCAGAAGAAAUUACCGUUAAAAAGGUUGUUGCUCGACUCAACCAAAGAGCUCCUAGAACACUGGAGAAACUACCAUCCGCAUUGGAGAAAAUGAGACAAAAUGAUACACAAAAUCUUGAGAGCCAUCAGAGUGUGUUGGACAGAGUCACUUUUGAAAGUGAAAGGUUAAAAUCUAGCCACAGCGAGGCAUCUUCUAGAAGAAACAGCGAUGAUGGCGGAAGAGCAAAAAAAGAAGUUUUUAGAAAAGAUGGAACGUCUUCAGAACCACCUACAGCCAGUGUAACUAAUCAUAAUGUAUGGAACGAAUUAAGCAGCUCAACAUCAACUACCAGAACUGAACUUAGUUUAUCUGAUAGCGCUACCGAUGAUCAGACCAAAACCCGUCGUAAGAGUCACGAGUCUGCAUUACCAGGAACUCCAUUACAUCCUCGUGCACUGUGGAAGUCAGCAGACAGUCUCACUCCAGACGCUGCCUUUGGUACAUCCCUGGCUGAUAUUAUGGAAAGUCCGGCUAAUAAGGUACAUCUUCGAGAAGAUAUUAAAUCGGAACAUUCGGAUAGUUCAGAGGAACACACAUCUCGCAAGGGCUGGAGGUUUGUCAGAAACGUGACAUCUGUCGCUAUAGCCUUCUCCCCCAAGUGCAAGGAGACUGCUACCGCUCCAGCUCUUCCUGGCACCCCUUUGCCUGACUUUCAGCCAAAGUCAGAGAGCAAGGCAUCAAAUUAUACAGCCAAAGAUGAUAGAAAACCAUCACUGCCUAAUUAUACAAAUGAGAAAGAGGAAAAUAUUGGUGAAAUGAGUCCUGAGGGGCUUGAUCCAGAAUCUCUGUUAUUCCGAGACGGGCGUCGAAGAAUAGAUAUGGUACUGGCUUAUGAGGAAGAAGACUAUGGAGUUAUGACUGAAGCUGAAGCCAAAAGGAGAGAGCACAGAAAGACAUUCCAGGAGAAUCUUAUAAAAGAAGGCUUGGAACUAGAAUUAGAAAAUAAAUGCCUAUCGUUUGAUGAGAAAACAUGGUUUUUGAAGAUUCAUAUACCAUGGAAGUGUGAAAUGAGAUUAGCGGAAGUAAUAGGAAUGAAACUACCUACAAAACGUUUUAUCUCGAUAUCAGUCAGAGCUUGGAGCGACGAGAAACAAGCUGAGAGAGAUAAAAAAUGGUAUUCAAAAUGGAGACGACGAUGGAAACAGCUAUAUGAAUAUGAGCACAGUAGAAUCGAACCUGAACCUUCAUUUUACGAUGCCACAGAACAGAAAGGAAUUAGAAGAGAAGAACAGUUCCUAGUAAAAGAUCGCCAUACACAGUUCUCGCCAGCUCAAAGAAGUUUAUUAGUUAUGCAAAUAUUAUUAAGAGCCAGAUAUGACAACACAGAAACAAAGAUGGGUAUACGUCGUUUGCUGAAUGACGGCACGUAUUCGGCUUGCUUUCCUCUCCACGAGGGCAGAUAUGACGUUGAUUUAACUGACGGAACGGUUACAGAUAGAAGACUCUUAUACUUAGAGUGGGCCCGUCCUGCCAAAUGGUACAAGAAGCAACCUCUUUGGCUAGUCAGGCGGUAUUUCGGAGACAAAAUUGGACUCUACUUCUGUUGGCUUGGCUUCUAUACGAAAAUGCUUUACGCCCCAGCUAUUGUUGGUACAUUGUGUUUCCUGUAUGGCUUAGCCAGUAUGGAAUCUGAAGACAAUAUACCAAGUCAAGAAAUCUGUGAUCUGAAGGGUCCUGGAAACACCACACUCUGUCCAUUGUGCGACAAAGCCUGCCAGUAUCAGAGUUUAUCAGACUCUUGCCUAUUUGCCAAGCUGACGUACCUCUUCGAUAACCCGGCUACAGUUUUCUUCGCUAUCUUCAUGUCCUUUUGGGCUACCACAUUUUUGGAGUUAUGGAAAAGGAAACAGUCAAUACUAAGGUGGGAGUGGGACCUCGGCGGUGUUGAUCAGGAUGAAGAACCACGUCCUGAGUUUGAAACGUCAGUGAAGACCUUCAGAACAAACCCCGUGACCAGGGAGAAGGAGCCAUUCUUACCAGCUUGGCAAAAGACCAUGAGAUAUGUAGCUACCAGCUCAGCGGUAUUGUUUAUGAUUACAAUAGUAAUGGGUGCUGUACUGGGCACAAUAAUUUACCGUAUAUCUAUGGUGUCAGUUAUUUAUGGUGGGAGUGGAUUCUUUCUGAAGAGGCACGCCAAGAUCUUCACCGCCAUGACUGCUGCGCUUAUUAACUUGACCAUCAUCAUGAUACUUACCAGGAUAUACGCAAAAGUGGCAGUAUAUCUCACAAAUAUGGAGAAUCCUCGCACGCAAACUGAAUAUGAGGACUCGUACACGUUCAAGAUAUUCUUCUUUGAGUUUAUGAACUUCUAUUCUUCGCUGAUUUACAUUGCGUUUUUCAAGGGCCGGUUCUACGAUUACCCAGGCGAUGAUCAAGCAAGAAAAUCAGAAUUUUUCAAGUUAAAGGGCGACAUCUGUGACCCCGCGGGCUGCCUGUCGGAGUUGUGCAUACAGCUGGCCAUCAUCAUGAUUGGCAAACAGUGCUUCAACAACUUCCUCGAGCUCGGAUACCCGAAAUUCCACAAUUGGUGGAGACAGAGAUCUCAUCGCGCUGUUACAAGGGAUAAGAACAAACCAGACAUGGCAUGGGAACAAGACUAUCACCUCCAAGAUCCCGGGCGGCUCGCUUUGUUUGAUGAAUACCUGGAAAUGAUUCUCCAAUACGGUUUCGUAACAUUAUUCGUGGCAGCAUUUCCAUUGGCGCCACUGUUUGCUCUACUCAAUAACAUUGCGGAGAUCAGACUGGACGCGUACAAAAUGGUGACACAAGCCAGACGCCCUCUAGCUGAAAGGGUAGAGGACAUAGGAGCAUGGUAUGGUAUACUGCAAGGCAUCACCUACGCUGCUGUUGUAUCUAACGCUUUUGUAAUCGCAUACACGAGUGACUUCAUACCGCGCAUGGUGUACAAAUACGUAUACUCCCCGGACAACACGCUGGCAGGUUACAUCUAUCAUUCUCUCUCAUUGUUCAAUACAUCGGAUUAUCAAGCCGAUUGGGGUGCUGAUGAGAAGGAAUACGACCCGCCCACGUGUGCCUACAGGGGCUACAGAAAUCCCCCCAACCACAACGACCCUUACGGACUUUCUCCCCACUACUGGCACGUGUUCGCCGCACGACUAGCUUUUGUAGUCGUUUUUGAGCAUGUGGUGUUUGGUUUGACUGGACUGAUGCAACUGUUCAUACCGGAUGUGCCGAGUGAGCUGCGGACGCAGAUGCAACGGGAAGCAUUGCUGGCCAAGGAAGCCAAAUACGAACACGGCAGAAGGAGAUUAUCCACAGACAGACAACUGAUUCCACAGAAAACUGAAAGUGGCGACCGCGGUGGGCCGUGGCUCCGGCGACACUCGCGAGCGUCCGACGGACUCGACGCACACGUCGCUGUCGCUCAGCGACCUUCAUCCCCUACCAUCACUCAUUAAUAUUUCCCGUCAUUUUAUUAUACCACGUGCGCUGUAGCAUGGUGCGGGUGAGUUUCAUUAACGUUUCGUUUCACUCAAAAGUUGCCGCGAUUCACAUAUUAUUACUUACUAUUUCGGC